AUGUUUCGGUGUGCACUUCGUGUGCGGUGGGCUGGAGGUGGUCUGCGUGAAAGUGAUGGAGCCACAUGCCUAGGAUUUUUGAAGGAAGACAAGAGACUCUUUUCCUACUAUAGGUUCCAUAAACGUGUCGGCAAGGGCAACUGGAAUCGAUAUGUCGAACGAUACACGGUGCCCCGUUCCAUCGAGAACACGCAGCGCAUUACCUUCAAUUACCGAGCAUCCUUCCAGGCAGCCAAGAGUUCAGCAUCGUAUCUGUGGGAAUUGCCGAAACGUUUAGCCGCAGCUACAUCUGCUGAUGGCGUAUUAGAUGCGUGGAUUCAUUUCAGGCACAAACGCAAAAAAGCAUACCAUUUUGUGUUGGCGUUAAAGCGCCUGUGUGAAGUCAAAGACGUUGACACGUCAGAUUGGAGAUUUCAGUUCAUCGCAAAAAAGCUUCUGAAGCGCAGCAAGUAUUUCAUAGACCUGCCGGGGGUAUGCCAUUACUUGGGGGUGUUAAGAGCUGUGCCAACGUUGGACAAGUUGUCUAUCAUGCUAUGUGAAAAGAUAGAUCGUUUUUCGCCUACCAUGUUGGCCCAAAUCGCAGGUGCUUUCGGAAACUGCCGGCUAUCGUCGAAGCACCUUUUCUCAUUGAUAGCGAGGCAUCUGGAAAACAACAUACAUUACGCGUCAAAUGGUGAACUGGCCACUAUAGCGAUGGCUUUUGGAAGGUGUGCAAUCUACAACUACGGGAUGCUUGCUUCCAUAUCGCAGGCGGUGCAGAAGAGGUUUUCCCCUGCUCUGCACGUCAUGAAUUCAAACCGCGAGCUAAUAUCCACGCCGAGCAGGCACUGCCUUCUCAACCUUCAGCAGGAGGUAACAGUCCAUGCGCGAAGACCGUCGCUUCCUGAUUUGAUUCUGCUAGUGGAAGCCUUCGCAGUCUCGAAACACCGCGACACGCAGCUUUGUGACAUCAUAUCGCAGAUGGUACAGCGUGAUCUGGCCAGCCGUACCGCUACUGAGGUGACCAAUCCGGACGUUCACCGACGAAUCGUGAGGUCUUUCUGCAGCCUAAAGAUCACCGACAUACCUCUAUUCCUGUCUAUUCUCGACUACAUUACUGCAAGACCGUACAACUAUUCGCCUGCCUGUAUCUCUGAAAUAGGCAGGCACCUGUCACAGGUGCUGCCGAGGGAUGUGGACAAUGUGUCUAGGGUUAAGUUUGCCACCUCCUUAUUUCAGCCCCUGCAGGCAUUCGGUGUCUGUCUAGACGAGAUCCAAAGGCAUCUGCAUCGCAUGGGCCGCCGCGAGCUAUCUGAUGCUGCCGCAUUUGCAUACAAGGCCUAUACAUCAAGCUCCUUAAAAAGCGACUUCAUGUGUCAAAUAUCCACGUUGCUAGUACGACAAGGCUACAGCAACGUCAAAUACGACGCACCUAAACUCAUGGAGGUUCUAUCGAUGCACAAUUCUCUGAAUCAGGAAUGUUUCGACGUUAUCUGCCGGGACAUCUACCGGGUGGUGGAUCUGUUCGAGCCGGUGGAUUACCAACGCACGUCUAGGGUGCUACGUAAACUAAAGAAAGAUGGUUUGACGAACUUGAAGAUGGUGAACAUGCUUUCCAAACGCGUUGCCGCCCAAUGGGAGGAGUUUUCCGAAUACCAGUAUCACUGCGUGGCACGUGAUCUGACCUUGGCUGGCCCGCCUUUUCAGUCUCUGCUGACGGACAUUUGGAAUCGCAACAAGUCAGUUUAUGCGUUGUAUGUUUCAUGA